CGCACAAAAAUGCGUAUAAACGAGGAGAGACUUUAUAUCAAGAAGACUACUUUAUAUACUAUUUACACAGACACAAAUAUACAAUUGUGAACGAUGUUAAAAAGCCGAGUGGAGAGAAAAUAAGAACGUAGUGAAAAAUCUACAGCAUGCUUCUUCCAUGUUUUUGACACAUUCGUAAUAAUAAAUUUUCCGAUAAACAAAGUGCGACAAAUUGCGUUCCUUUUUUCGAAUAAAGAAAACUUCAAAAACUCAAAGACUUGUUUCGAAAAAGUGAAUCGGUUUCAUUUAAAAAGAAAAUAACUAUGUAUAUAAACCGCAAAUAGUGUUUUUUUUUCAUAUUCUGACUCAGCUUUUAUAUUUUUUUCUCUUUCUUUUUUUCAAAAAAAAUAUUAACAAAACCUGUUUUUUCCUGACAUUUUGUGUUCUGUGAAGGAUUUGUUUUUUAUCAAAAAAUUACUCGAGAAUUCUGUUUUAGUGACGAAAGGAAAGAAAAAAAAACAAAACAAGAAAAGAAAAGGAAGAAAAAAUAAAUAAAAAUGAAUUCGACACCAAUUAUGGUUCCUGGUGGUGAUCGUCGAUCACAUUCGGAUUUACAUUCAUCAUCUUCUGUUGGCACAUCGACGGAAACAUUUAAAACAAUGACCCCACCAAAUGUAACUCGAUCACUUAGCAGUGCACCAGCAGAUGAUCGACACUAUCGACGAAGUAGCGUACAAGUUCAUCAUCCCUCAUCGCUAUCGAAACUUCCAUCGUCCGAAUCUCUUGCCGCAACAAUGCACGUCACCGAAGGUCCACCUCUAUCCCCAGGACUCUCGGCCACUGGGGAAUGCAUUAAACCUGAUAACACGUCCGAGAAGUCGGGGGAGACGUGCAAAUUAACAAGAAAGGAAUCCUACAAGGCACAACGUAAAAAUUAUCGAAUAGAGAAGAAACGUGUGGCAAAUGAACUGUUGAGUUCAUUAAAAGAUCCAACAGUUGUUGUUAUGAGCGAUUGGCUGAAAAUUCGAGGAACAUUAAAAAGUUGGACAAAAUUGUGGUGUAUUCUCAAACCUGGAUUGCUGCUUUUGUACAAGAGUCCAAAAGUAAAAAGUAGUCAUUGGGUUGGAACGAUAUUGUUGAAUACGUGUCAAGUGAUAGAAAGGCCGAGCAAGAAGGAUGGAUUUUGUUUUAAAUUAUUUCACCCAUUGGAACAAUCGAUUUGGACACCACGAGGACCCCAGAAUGAAGCCAUCGGCGCUGUCGUUCAACCUUUGCCAACAUCGUAUUUAAUAUUCAGAGCUCCAUCGCAAGCUGCAGGUAAAUGCUGGCUUGACGCUCUUGAAUUGUCGCUUCGCUGUUCAUCUUUGAUUGUCCGUUCAACGAGUGCAAUUCCUCGUUCUCCUCAACAUGAUUCGACAACCACCCACGAGACUCAAUGGAGUGAAGCGGAUUACGAGAAACAUUUCAAUGAACACGAGUACGCGACCCGUCAAGUAGUAACGCUAGAUCCUGUAUACACCUCGCACACAGACCUGGACGAUAUCAGCCAACCGGAGAAUGGAGUUGUCGCCGAUGUCGAGAUCAGCGCCAGUGAGAGCGAGUCGGAGGGUUCGGUCAAAGAGGAGGAGGAGGAACAGAUCAAAGAGACGCCCUAUGUCGCCAACGAGAAUGAAGUUCUUGGAUCGGCUGGAGAAGUUGUUGCCGAAUUACAGGACGAGCAAAAAUCAUUAAUUUGGUUCUUAAUGAAACAAGUUCGACCUGGAAUGGAUUUGUCAAAAGUUGUUCUUCCAACGUUCAUCCUCGAGCCACGUUCGUUUUUAGAGAAACUCGCCGAUUCUUAUUAUCAUGCCGAUAUUUUAUCACAAGCAGUUUUGGAAGAUGAUGCUUUCACUCGAAUGAAAUUGGUGGUGAAAUGGUAUUUGUCUGGAUUUUAUAAAAAACCACAAGGACUAAAGAAACCGUACAAUCCACUUCUUGGCGAAACAUUUCGCUGCUACUGGCAACAUUCAAAUGGUUCACGUACAUUUUAUUUAGCCGAACAGUUGUCACAUCAUCCUCCAAUUUCUGGUUUUUACGUGACUAACCGACAAGAUGGAUUUACAAUCAGCGCAUCAAUUAUAGCAAAAUCGAAAUUUUACGGUAAUUCGACGUCGGCAGUUUUGGACGGAACUGCAAUUUUAACAAUGUUACCGCGAGGAGAAGAUUAUACAAUGACGAUUCCUUAUGCACAUUGCAAGGGAAUUCUUAUGGGUACAUUGUCAAUGGAACUUGGAGGAAAAAUUAAUAUCGUUUGCGAAAAAACCGGUUAUCACACGGAAUUAGAAUUUAAAUUAAAGCCAUUUUUAGGAGGUUCCGAUCAAUUGAAUCAAGUCGUUGGAAGAAUACGACUCGGUAAGGAGACUCUCGCCAAUAUUAGUGGUUAUUGGGAUGGACAAAUUAUGAUUACCGAUAAACGAUCUGGGCAAGAGAAUUUGUUUUUUAAUCCAACGCCGGAAGUUCGAUGGAAUCGUUUAAAGAAAUUUACUGUUCCUUUGGAAAAUCAAGGCUCAUGGGAAAGUGAAAGACUUUGGUUGGCCGUCACACACGCCAUCAAUAAUGAUGAUCAAGUGGCAGCGACAGAAGCUAAAACGCAAUUGGAAGAAGCCCAAAGAGAACGCGCAAAGGAGAGAAAAGUAAAAUGCGAGGAGUGGAUACCCAAAUAUUUUGUACAGGAUAUAAUUACGGGACAAUGGGUUUAUCGUAAUGCAGAUACUCGUCCUUGGGAUCCUAGAAAUGAUUUAGUGCAAUAUGAACAGGAUUAUAUUAUUCGCACAAAAACUAGACACAAGACACCAAUUAUGCGUACCGGUAGUAUUGUCUCCAUUGAUCCACAAACACAGAUGCCUUUACUUCAGGCCGAAUCACGUUCAUCACUCUCCGUCCUGAAAUCGUCGAAGCGCCAACUCUCCAGCAAUAUUCCUAUUACGGAAACGGCACACGAUUCCGGAAGUUCAUCGGCGGAAGCUCAUUCCGAUUCGAGUCAAUCAAUUGGCAAACGGAGACGAUCUGCAAUUCGACUCGCAGGCAUGGUGAAGGGAAUGGAGGAUAGAUUAACGGAGCACAGUGAGAAACUAAACCAAAUUCAACGACUAAUCGAACAACUUGCAAUAAGACAAAGAGGUUUAAGAGACAACCAGAAUAAUAUUAACAUGUUGAAAAAUUUUAUAGAUACAUUUAUUGUUAUUGUCGUCGUCUUCUUUGUACAAUAUUUUAUUAAGGUCUGGAACGGAUCUGCUGAAACCAAAGGAAUGUGAUCUGCUUAAAAAAUAGCGAAACUCGUAUAUAUAUAAAAAUAAAUAUAGGUAAAAAAAAAUUCUUAAAAUUCUGAUCAAAUUCAGAAUAUGUGAGACAACCAUCGAAUUGAAAAAUUAAGAUUUUUUCAUGAAAAAUCGUAAGAAAAAUAUAAUUGUAAUAGAAAAACAUUUGCUUGCCGUACGAGAUAGUCAAAAAUAAUAAUGAAUUAAAAAAAAGUGCUGAAGUGAUUACGCCCGGAGCAAAAAAAAAAAAACGUUUCUCACUAACGCACAAAUUAUAUUAAAAAAAAGAACAUUGCAAAAAUCGAAAUCAUAAUAAUGGGUCUUUUAAUUUAACGGUCUAAAGAUUUUUUUCUUUGGUUAGAAAAAAACAGCUAUUGAGAGAAAUUUAUUUUUUAUCACUCGCUCUUAAAUAGUUAUUAAAAAUAUGCAUUAUCUAGGAAAAGAAGAAUAGUCCGAAAUUGAAAAAGUUUAAUGAAAAGUUAAUUAAAUUGAUUAAUAAUAUUAAUAAGAGAAUUCAAUUUAAGUCGAUAUUUUUCAGCCAAUAAUUCAAAUUCAACGCAGUUGAUGUAUAAAAUUUUUAAAAAUCAAUUAUUAAUAACAUUGAUUUUAUUCUUUCAUCGAAAUAUCGAAAAACUAAAUUGAUUUUUAAUUCCAAAAAUUUAUAUUUUAUUUUUUCUUCAGUAAUCGAAUUUUUUUUAAA